AUGUACUUUUAUGAUUUGGCUGCUUCCACAGAGGAUCUUCUGAUAUUCAUCAUGGCAUAUGACCGCUAUGUUGCUAUAUGUGAUCCUUUACACUAUCACUACAUUCUGAAUAAGAAACACUGUAUCUUACUGGUAUCUGGCAGUUGGAUAUUUGGAUUUUUAAAUGCAUUUGUGUUUACAAUCCCAGUGUCACACAUGUCCUUCUGUCAUUCUCGCACCAUACACCAGUUUUUCUGUGACACUAAAGCUCUGAUUAACAUCUCCUGUACUGGCAGUGAUGACAUUUAUAUUGUUAUCUAUAUAGAAUUAUUGUUGUUAGGAUCUUUUCCAACAAUGUCCUGUUUGGCAUCUUAUGUGAAAAUUUUCAGGGUCAUCUUUCAGAUAAAAUCUAAGGACGGCAGAAACAAAGCCUUCUCCACCUGCUCAUCCCAUCUGACAAUCCUUAUUAUUUACUAUAUGACAAGCUUUUCUGUGUACAUGAUGCCACCAUCAGAAUACUCUGAUGUCCUAGAACCAGUCUUUACUGUGCUGUACGCAGUUGUCACUCCCAUGAUAAACCCUCUGAUCUACAGUCUACGGAACAACGAUGUGAAGAAGGCUCUGAUAAGAUUACUAUUUGGCAAAAAGAAGCAUUGA